CCCAGGACAAAUGAUUUAACAACAGCAAGCUAGAUAAAUUGCCACGAAUGUUUAAUUAUUUUCGACAUGUUCCCAAAUUAAUAUAGUUGGUUCAGAAUUUUUGAUCUAAUGGAGUCUGGUAUGGAAUAAUUUCUCUUUACCUAAGUGAAUUGUUUAAAGGCGUUGCAUAGAGUGGCACAGCAGUCUACAGCACUGCAUCUCAGUGCUUGAGGUGUCACUACAGACCCUGGUUCAAUUCCACAACCGGCUGUGAUUGGGAGUCCCAUAGGGUGGCCCAGUGUUGUUAGGGUUUGGCCUGGGUGGAAUGUCAUUGUAAAUAAGAUUUUUUCUUAACUGACUUGCCUAGUUAAAUAAUAGAUCAAAUAAAAGGUAAGGGCAUACUUAAGAGGUUUUACAUUAGCUUGUUACUUUGGCAUUAAUAGGUGCCAGUUUUAAGUUUGUAAACAGUCUUUUUUGUGUGAACAAUUAGCAUACAAACGUGGUCUAUUUUUUGCCUUCUUGAGUAAGGCAGCUCUAAAAGGCAGGUAUUCCAGCCAUGCUCAGUGUUUACUGUGAUGGUGGGGCAGCCAACGGAAAAUGCAGAGCGUUAGUAAUGUUCUCUAGUUGUGUUGUGAUUGGCUCAGUGUUCUGUCACUCAUGGGGACACUGUCACCACCAAACCUAAGGGUAGAACUCAAAUUCAGUGGAGUGGGUGUGUGGUCCCGAGUCUGGGUUCAAGGGUCUCUUUUCCAAUCUUAAAAGGAUAAACAUUCAACAUAGACCAUGGUGUCAAUCCAAUAUGACUUUUUCCGCGCUCAAAACAACUUGAAACUCAGAACUGGGAAAUCUGAUUUCAGUGAGUUCGAGACAACUGGGAACUCUGGGGGGAAAAAAUGAGCUCCGACUGGGAAAAUACGUUUGAUCGGUCAUCCAACUCGGGAACUCCGGCCUCUUUCGAGAGCCUUGACCUGACAUCUUCAUGAUUCAGCCUUAUUUUUUUCAAGAGUUCCCAGUUGUCUUGAAAUCACCAUAUAUCCAGAGAAUGCCAGAGGUCAUUGGCCACAGAUAAAAUUUCGUCAAAUCAAAUAUAUCUACAGCAGCUUUGAUGGGACUGCUGAUUUUGGACUCACAAGGUGAGUUUUAGAGAAAUGUAAUUGUCAAAUAUUGUAAGAGCUUUCAUUGUCUACUUAUAUGCCCCCUAUAUUUAUCCUACGGUUCUGACUUGGUGGACAGGCAGAAUAAUGUAAGAAAUGCCCAUGUUUUGAAUUCUGUCACUGUACAUUUCAAAAGUGCUGAACAAAUAGUUAUAUUGACUACGUCCGUCCUAGCUCGCUCAUUGUCUUCGUUGAAAUUACAGAUUGUCUCUUAUCCACUCUUUAUCCACUUAUUCCAUAGUUUGUACAUCUCAAUUGUCACUAGAAACCACAUUUGUUUAAGCAAGUCAGCCAUGUUUUUUAAAAGGCAGUAAAUGAGGCUGAAUGAACUGUUUCGCUGUCAGACAAGGCUCCGCUGAUAGCCAGGUGUAGCAGUGAUAAGGUGUUGGGACAGCUUUAUGUAGGCCAUAACAUUUUUUGGACACCGUUUGUCAGCGUUAUCGUGAAAUGAAUGUACUGUUUAGUGUUGUGUAGUGGGUUUGCUGGCAUGCAUCUAAAACACUUUUUUUUUUUCAAGAGGUAGCCACAUCAUAUCCUUGCCAUCAACAGCAAUUCUCUCAUUUUAAAGUACAUUUUAUUCCAGAGCUUAAAUUGGGUCUGGGAAACCAGCCCUUAUUGUUUGUCAUGACUGGUGAUCAUUUAUUUUUGAAAUUAAGGCAAAAUAAACUUCUCUCAGCUAUCGCAAGAACUCAAACAGCUCAUUACUACCUCACAUCAGAUGUGUAUCAGGGUUAAGCAAGUUUCCGUUCCUCUUCCUGACUAGCUUUCAAAAGACAUUAUCUGACAUUACUCAGUGCCAAAAUAGCUUCUGGGAAAUAAGUGGUUAUGGUCAAGAAAAGACCUGUGCUGUAUUCAUUACGCCGAUUCUGUUGCCAAACAUUUAAUCUGUUGCUAAAUAUUUUGCAACAAACUGUUUACUACAAACAGAAAGCGCAAAUGAGUUUCUAUUGAAUAAUUUCAGGUAGGUCACUCCCAUUUUUUUCCUUUUGUUUUUUUUAUAUGGGAAACGGUUUACGGAAUGAAUACACCCCUAAGGACCUGAUGUACUGUUUCAGCUGAUAUCAUCAAUGCCCUCAGCCAUGGACAUCAUAGAUCCCAUCUUGGGCAUAGCGGAGAAGCUCUACUCUCUAUGUGGUGAAGUGAAAGCCAACAAGAAGCGAUGUCAGCGUUUGGGUAUGCGCGUAAAAGCCUUGGAAGAGCUGGUGAGGGCGGUAAAGAUGAAGGGGCUGGGAGAAUGCCCUGCACAUGUGGAGAACGGCCUGAGUGAGCUCAAAUUCACCUUAGAAUCUGCCCAGGAUGUGGUUAAGAAAUAUGCCAGUGCCAACUACCUGAAGCGCAUCCUGAAGGCCUACGACCAGGGAGAUGAUUUUGAAAGUUUGAAUGAGCGCUUGAACGAUGCAGCUCAGGUGCUCUCGCUUGCCCUGCAGGUGGACCAGAGACAGACGCUACAGCAGGUGUUUCAAGAGGCGACACGAUGGAGAGAGGAUGAGGAAGACAGAGAGAUUGAUUGUCUGGAGCUGCAAAAAUUGCUACAGUCUCUGGCGGAGGGCAACAAGGAAAGAUUGGACACAAUGCAUGAGAAAAUGGACUCCACCAAAAAGGAUGUGAAAGACAUCAAAGCAAUGUUGGAAACCUUACAGAAGCCCAGCAUUUUAAUUCAAGACAUCAGAGAGAUCAAACCAGAGGAGCUGACCUACGACAUGCCCAAAGAGCCCAUAUUAAAAAAUGACAACUCAGUUUUGUACAAAGGAGAGUAUAACAAAUUCACAGUAGCCAUCAAAAGAUACACCUACCCAAGGAGCACAAGCCCAAGUCAGCUGAGAAGCAUCUUCAAAAAGGAGGUGGAGACUAUGAAGCGCUUUGAGUCGCCAAACAUCCUGCGAAUGUUUGGGAUCUGUGUCCAGCAAGAGGGCGGUCCCAAUCCAAACUACCUUAUUGUGAUGGAGUUUUGUGAGAAGGGCAGUCUAAGAGAGGUGCUGGAUUCCCAAAGUAAGCUGCCCUGGGACAGAAGGGCCCGCAUGAGUCUGGAUGCAGCACAAGGCCUUUACAGAUUACACCAGUCUGAGAAGAAGUUUCAAGUGCACGGAUGCAUCAACAGCAGAAAGUUCCUAGUAGAUACCGGGUACAGAGUGAAGCUAGGAGGUUUGGAGCUGGUGAAAACAGAGACUUCGUUGAAGAAGUCUAAGGACCGGAAGAGCUGCUCCUUAUGCUACAGCUCCCCGGAGCAGCUUGAGAAUAUCAACAACCCCUACAACAAAGCCUGUGAGAUGUACAGUUUUGGCAUUGUCCUGUGGGAGAUUGCAACCCGCGAGAUUCCCUUCAGAGACUGCUUACCAGAAGAGGUGUUAAAGAGGGUGAGUAAAGACAAAUAUACUGAACCUCUUCCUGAAGACUCCCCAAAACAGUUGGGAGAGCUGAUCAAUGCCUGUCGCUCCUAUGACAGCUUCCACAGGCCAACGGCAGGAGUGUUGGUGGACAGGCUCCGCAAAGUGGUGGAGCAGUUAGAGGAGGACUAACAGAGUUUCCUCUCCAGAGUUCUCAGAAACUAGGCUGGAGAAGAGGAUUAACAAGAACAGUUUCAGCUCCAGUUUAAAGACAUCAACUGACCGCCCCAAAUUCAUCAUGCGAUGAACAACACCACACCAACAGACAGUUGAUCAAGUGCCUGUGAUGUCAUUUAAGCCUAGUACAUUCUUACAUCAUUAGUCAGGAAUAACUUUGAUUGAAACUGUGAAAUGAUAUGCAAUUGAUUUGACAAACUAUUAAAUCAACACCAUCAAAUGUUUGCUACUAUGGUUCAAAGCUUUGAAAAUAAAAUA